UUAAAAACCAAAAAUUCGAAUGAAAUUCAAGAUAGUUUAGAGAAGAAGAUGGGCCUUUUGGAGAAUAAAUUGGAUUCUUUGAUUACCAUGAUUUAUGACAAAAGACUGGUUCAGGGCCUUUCUUCUAGCUCUGGUAGUCUACAAAGUAAAGAUUCUUUCCAAUCAGGAUCAAAUGAUGGAGACAAUGUUGAAGCUUCCUCAAGUGAAUUAGAAAUGGGCUCGAGCAAAAAACGCUCAAAGAAUAAAAAAUCAAAGGUAUGUGUGAAAAAAGCAAGAAAAGAGCAUGCUCCAAAGUCCUUAUGACGUUUCGAUAUGUAUCAAUCAACAGUGCCCCAACUUGUGGAGCAAUGGUAUCAUACAGUUGGUGAAAAACUUUCCAUUGAAGAAAGAGAAAGAAAAUACGGGAACUCUUGGAGAAAGGAUCCAAACACUAGUCAAAAUUAUUACAGAAGAAAUAGGAUCAUUAACUGGGUAAACUCAAUAGCCGAAGAAAAUAGUUUGAGCCGAAAUCAAGCUAGUAAUAUCCUUGAAUACUUUAGAAUUAAAGAUAAAGCCACGCUAUCCCAAAUUGC